AUGAUGGCAGAAGAGAUCACAACCAAUCCGCCCGGGCCACCUGAGGCUCAUGAGAAAGCAAGCCUUGGCACUGACCGCAUGAGGCGAUGGCUAAACCAGAUCGCUCAGGCUCGAGCCCACGGUAUUGGUGAUUGUAUCUCUCUGCCCCAGAUCAUUGUGUGUGGCGACCAGUCUGUCGGCAAAAGCUCCGUUCUAGAAGGCAUCACUUCGGUGCCAUUCCCUCGCAAGGAUGGCCUAUGCACCAGGUUCGCUACAGAGAUCAUUCUUCACGAUGUGCCCCAGCAAGACACUUCCAUUACCGCCUCUAUUAUUCCACAUCCCUCCAGAAAUGACGCUACUUUUGAAAGUCUGAAAAAUUACAGUCGUAGCCUCUCUGGAUAUGGCGAGCUCGCAGAUGUCGUUGAGGACGUGUCAAAGCGAAUGGGCCUCAAGACCUAUACAGAAAACGACGCCGACGCACCGGCUUUUGUAGCAGAUAUACUGCGGAUUGAAGUCACAGGUCCUACAGGCCUCCAUCUUACGAUCGUUGAUCUGCCAGGUUUGAUUGAAGGGUCAGAAGACGAGGAGGCCGUUGAACUCGUUAGCAAACUCGUCGACAACUAUCUCAAAGAAUCUCGCACUAUCAUUCUUGCAGUUUUCCCGGCAGGAAAUGACAUCGAGACGCAGCCAAUCAUUCGGCGUGCGAGGUCCUUUGACAAGAGCGGAAAGCGGACGGUUGGAAUCAUCACCAAGGCCGAUCUCAUCAACCGCGGCACCGAAGACAGAAUCGCCGCCCUGAUGCAGAAUCAAGGGCCAAUAAAGAUUGAUUUGGGCUUUUUCCUGCUGAAAAACCCAGACCCGGAACAGCUGGCAAAGGGCAUUUCAGUUGAGCGACGCCAGGCAGAAGAGGAAGAGUACUUCCGAAAGGAGAAAUGGAAAGUCCAUGACCUGGACUCCAGUCGGGUUGGGGUUAGAGCUUUGCGUUCCUAUUGCCAAGUCCUCUUGGAGCGUCAUUUCGAGCGGGAGCUGCCUAAGGUGCGAGAGGAUGUUACGAAGCUAUUGGAAGAGUCCCAGAAGGAGCUUGCAGACCUGGGCGAAGAAAGAAAUACGCCCAUGAUUCAAAGACUAUACCUUUCCAAGCUGAGCAUGAAGUUCUGUGAGCUCGUGCGAUCUUCGAUUGAUGGACGCUAUCAUGACCAUGGCUCCCGCUUUUUUGACCCUGACCAGGGAGACGCUCUGCACAAUCGACUACGCGCUCUGGUUCAUUUACUAAACGCUAGCUUUGCAGAUUUUAUGCGAACGUCUUCUCACAAGCGCCUGGUCGAAGAAGUGAAAUAUGCGGAUAGCACAUCCUCUCUCACUUUUGAAAAAGAUGCCGCAAACCAUCAUCUUGAUACAUUGGGCAAACCAGAGACUAUCUCCUUAAUGGAAUUCAACAACUGGAUUUUAAGUGUCUACAAGAGCACGCGGGGACUGGAACUGUCCGGCAGCUACAGCCACAAUCUCCUUUCGUGCCUAUUCCACGAGCAAGCUAGUCGCUGGCCGGCAAUCGCUCGAACCCACGUCAGGGUCGUUCACUAUCAUGUCACUGCGUUUCUGGAACGCACAUUAGCUCACGUGGUGAAGGAGGAAGAUCUGCGAUUUCAGCUCCAAAUGACCAUCAGCACCUCAUCACAAAGGAUCCUUCAGGAAGCAUUGGAUGAAUUAGCGAAGAUCUGUGAUGAUGAGGAGAUACAGCCAAUCACAUACAAUCACUACUUCACUGACAACAUCCAGAAAUCGAGACAAGAUUCGAUGAAAAAUGAGAUCGAAAAUGCGCUCACCAGAACAAUGAAUUCGUGGGGGAACUUUCAUGUAAGCAAUACCUCCGGAGAUAGGGCUGCGCUUCUGUCUUCGCUCCAAGAGCAAAUCAAGGUAGACAUGGAUCUACAGACCUGCGAUGAGGCAUAUACCGCCCUGUCAUCUUACUACAAGGUGGCUAUGAAGACAUUUGUGGACAAUGUCUGUCGUCAGGUGGUCGAGCGUCAUAUCAUGAGAACACUUCCGUCCAUCUUCGAACCAUCAACCGUUGUGCGUAUGUCAGAUGAAGAUAUCGAACGUAUUGCCGUGGAACCAGAAAAAAAUACCAGACGACGCAAAAAGCUCCAGGAUAUGGUCGACGCUCUGCAAAAAUGCUUUGGUGGUCUGCAAGUUUGA